AUGUCCGACAAGAAGAAAGACAUUUGGAAUAGUCGGUACUACGUUAUUUCUAAAGUAUACAUGACCAUAUCAGGAAUAUGGCCAUAUCAUAGACUUCGUGACAGAUAUAUACGUUUUGUGCCGAUAUUUAUAUUUUGUUUUAGUAUUUUUAUACCCCAGUUGCUUUACGUAUUAACCUCCGCGGAUGUCGAUGACAUUUUCGAAAGUGUACCAGCCGUAUUGAUUAGUAUAACAUUCAGCAUUAAAAUAGCAAGCAUGAUGUUCAACAGCAAACGUAUAACAUCUUGCCUUAAGAUAAUAGAGGAGAAUUGGCUAUCAUUAAAUACAGAUGUAGAAAGGGCUAUUUUGGCACGUCAUAGCGAAUAUGGACGGCAUUUGACGACAUUUUACACAGUUCUCAUGCAUAUGACAGCAUUCUUUUAUUUGCUCAAACCGGUCGUUGUGACAUUAUUAGAAGACAAUACUGCGAAUGUAACGAAGUCAUCUAUACCGGGAGCAUCGAAAUUGCCAUUUCAAGUCGAAUAUGGCGAAAAAUUAGACCAAUAUUUCUAUCCAAUAAUAAUUCAUUGCUAUCUAGGCGUGUUCUCUCACGUAUAUUGUACACUCGCGGUUGACACCUUAUAUUAUAUUUUAGUCCAGCAUGCCUGCGGAAUGUUCUCAAUUGUCGGACACAUAUUAGAGGAUAUCGGCAAAGAUAGUGACGCAAAUUUUCACAUGCAGCCAGAAAAGAUAAAAGACAUCAAUUACCAUAAAGCAUUGGAUUGUUUGCGUAAGCAUCUCCACGUAAUAGAAUUCGCGGAGCUGAUCGAAUCUUUGUUUACAAAUAUAUUCUUGGUCAGCACUACUUUAAAUAUGAUUUGUGGGAGUAUAAGCGGUAUACGAGUAGUGAUGAAUUUAAGCAAUGCGAGAGACAUUGCAGCACCUAUGGCAAUUUACAUUGCGCAACUCACUCACCUUUUUUUACAAUUUUGGCAAGCUCAAUUUUUGUUGGACUAUAGUAGUGUUCCCUACGAAUCUAUUUGCAAAGGAAAGUGGUAUUAUACUUCGAAAAGAUGUCGAAAGAUAUUUCUUUUAAUCAUGAGCAGAACUAUGUCACCUUGCAUCUUAACUGCUGGUAAAAUCGUGACUUUAUCAAUUGAAAACUUUGGUGCGGUUCUCAAAACAUCGAUGUCUUAUUUCACUGUGUUACGUUCUUUCCAAUAAUGUCAUUACAUCAAAG